CCAAGGCCCCACUUUUGUCUUGGGAGAGGGUUUUCCCAAUUUACCUAACGACGAAACCCUAGGAAGGGGAAUGGCGGAUCGGAGCUUAGUGGUACUGAUUGACUUUUUCGCAUCCUUGCCGGAAGGCUUCAUAUCCGACAUCAUUUCGCUCACGUCGCCAGUCGAUGCCGCCAGAUUAUCGGUGAUCUCGAAGGGAUUCAAGGCGGCGGCCGAGUCGGACUCUGUUUGGACCAAAUUUCUUCCGCUAGAUCUUAACGGUAUCCUCUUAAGAUCGAGGUCUCCGGUGGUGUAUUCUAACAAGAAAGAGCUUUACUCCGCCCUCUGCAACUCUCCGAUUCUCCUCGAUGACGGAACCAAACUGAGCUUUUCACUUGAUAAAAGGACUGGGAAGAAGUGCUUCAUGGUAGCAGCAAGAGAGCUGGAUAUUACAUGGGGAAACAAACAAUUUUACUGGGAAUUGAAAUCUCACCCUAACUCUAGGUUCUCAGAGGUGGCUAAUCUCCGGUCCGUUUGCUGGCUUGAUAUUCGGGCGGUCAUUGCAACUAAUAUGCUCUCUGCAACCACAGAUUACGCAGCUUAUCUAGUGUUCAGAUUAUCAGACACGGCCUACGGCCUUGAAUCGGCAAAAUCAUUGGUUAGAUUCGUUAGUCAAGAGAGCGAUGAGGAGGCAGAAAAUCGAGCUAACUGGGUGAAUUUGUUUGGCGGCGAACCUAGUGGUGGUUCUCAGACUUCCAAUGAGCUUCCCCGAGAGAGAAGCGACGGAUGGAUGGAGGUGGAAAUGGGCAGCUUUUAUAAUGACCGAGGAGACGACGGCGAUGUAGAAGCGCGGCUUAUUGAGAUCUGGGACCUGAAUUGGAAGAGCGGUCUCAUUGUUGAAGGCAUCGAGUUCCGGCCCAAAUCUUAAAUAAAACACAUAGUUAUACCCAAAUUAUAAGCUGAACCAGGGUCUAUCUUGAUGGAUUCUGGUCCAUAAUUAAUUAUGUUUCAUAUUAAUAUGGCUCCUCUUCUUUGUGUGUGUUUCGCCAUCAUCUUCCCAAAUUUCCUAAAUCAUAUUCCGUGCCCAUAUUCUCUCUGCGUGUUCUCCUUCGUCAAUUUUUCUUAAACCAUUACUGCAACUAUUCCCCUUGUUGAUAUCAUUGUUGUGAGUUGUCGAAAUUGUGGACUGUGCAAGUGAUUAGUUAGAAUUGAGUGUUGAUGAACCUCUUUCGUUUCCAGGUUUUUCUAUUACCUUGGAUUUGUUUUGUUUUAAUUUGUGUUUCAAUUUUUGGUUCACAUGCUUGUCUUUUUUUUGAUAUUCCCAAGACUAAUCUUAAGUCCCCAAUCCUUCCCAAGAGUCGUUGAGGAGGUAAAUCGUGAGUUAUCCUGUCUCUAGGUUUUCAUCCUUUGCCUGUACAUGCCGCACACAAGGGUCCUUGAUCAGCUCGGUCAAGUACUCAAGUUAUUAGCAUUUUACUUUUAUGAUUUGCUUGUUUCAUCAAAUUAUGAUUUACUUGUUUGAAUUUAGGUUUUAAUGUGUUAAGAUUAGUAUUGCAUUUCUAAUCAUUUUUAGUUAGUGGUAUAACACUGUGCAACUGUGGUAUUGUUUUUGUGAAAAUGUAGAAUCGUUUGUUUUGAACCUAUAAUAUAUGUUUUAUGAAUCUGCAA